CUGCGUAUAGAAGCAGAAUGUCUCAGGGCGCUCAAUCGCGCAAUCAGACACAAGUAUGGUAACUCACCAACGAUACCAGUACCGAUACUUACCUAUCACACAUAUGGUGAAAUCUCGGGCCUUCGAUAUAUGGUAAUGGAUUUAUGCGGUAAAAAUAUUCGCGAGCUGAAAAAAAGCACGAAAGACGAUUGUUUCACAAUAACCACAUCACUCUGGCUCAUGAAAAAGAUGAUUAUGGCAUUGCAGUUUUUGCACGAUCUGGGAUGGAUUCAUCGGGAUGUGAAGCCUGCAAAUUUUUGCAUUGGACUACAAACGCAAGGUACACAGAAUCUUUAUCUGGUCGAUUUCGGCUUAGCGCGUCAUUACAUGGCUCCGGACGGUCUACCAAAGACAAGGCGUGAGUAUAGCGCAUUUCACGGAACCAUUCGUUAUGCAUCCCUUACAACACACAGAUAUCAGGCAAGUAUUUGCAAAUAUUAG